CGCGGGGCGCGGCCAAUGGGCAUCCGGCGCUGGGCGCCGCGGCCAAUGGGAGCGGACGGGGGCGGGACCCGCUGCAGGCUUCCGGCGGGGGCGGGUCCGGAGGGGGGCGGGCACCGUUUCUCCCGGUGGUCAAUGGGAAGGCGGAAGCGCGGGCGGUGGCCAAUUGGAGCGCGCGCGGGGGCGGGCGGGCGGGACCGACGGCCAAUGGGGCGCGAGGGGUGGGGCCGGGGGUUUCUAGCAGCUUCCAGAGGGCGGCGCGGGAGCAGCGCGAGAGGAGUUGCGGCCAUGGAGGAGGCUCAGGAGCUGAAGGAGCGGGGGAACCGGGCGCUGGCGGCGGGGGACGUGGGGGCAGCCGUAGGGCACUACUCGGCCGCCAUCGCGCGGGACCCCAACAACCACGUCCUGUUCAGCAACCGCUCGGCCGCCUACGCGCGGCUCGGGGACUACACCCGUGCCCUGGCCGACGCCUGCCGCACGCUGGAGCUGCGCCCUGACUGGGCCAAGGGGUACUCACGGAAGGCAGCAGCGCUGGAGUUCCUGCAGCGCCUGGAGGAGGCCAAGGCCACAUAUGAGGAGGGGCUGACACGGGACCCCGGGAAUGAGCAGCUGCUGCAGGGCCUGCGCGGGGUGGAGACGCGGCUGGCAGAGCGGAAACUGCUGAACCCCUUCAGUGCCCCUGACCUGCUGGCACGACUCGAGGGGGACCCCCGGACACGGGUGCUGCUGGGGGACCCCGAGUACCGGCGACUGCUGGAGACGCUGCGCAGUGACCCGGGGCAGCUCGGGGCGAAGCUUCAGGACCCCCGGGUGAUGACGACGCUGAGUGUGCUGCUGGGGGUGGAGCUGAGCGGGGCUGAGGAGGAGGAGGAGGCCCCCUCCCCGCCACCCCCACCCCCCCCGCCCCCUGCCCAGCCCCCCCCACCCCAGGAGCUCCCCCAGAACAAGCAGGAGGCACAGCAGGAGAAGGAGCUGGGCAAUGCCGCCUACAAGCGCAAGGAGUUCCCAGCAGCGCUGGAACACUACACCCGAGCCGAGCAGCUAGACCCCACCAAUAUGACCUACGUCACCAACCAGGCGGCCGUGUACUUUGAGACGGGUGACUACGAGCGGUGCCGGGCACUGUGCGAACGCGCCAUCGAGCUGGGACGGGAGAACCGGGAGGAUUACCGACAGAUCGCCAAGGCGUACGCACGGAUCGGGAAUUCCUACCUGCGCGAGGAGCGGUACAAGGACGCCAUCCACUUCUACAACAAGUCCCUGGCUGAGCACCGCACGCCCGAUGUGCUCAAGAAGUGUCAGCAGGCUGAGAAGAUCCUGAAGGAGCAGGAGCGCUUGGCCUACAUUGACCCUGACCUGGCUCUGGAGGAAAAGAACAAGGGCAACGAGUGCUUCCAGCGAGGGGAUUACCCCCAGGCCAUGCGGCACUACAGCGAGGCGAUCCGGCGCAACCCGAAUGAGGCCCGGCUCUACAGCAACCGUGCCGCCUGCUACACCAAACUGCUUGAGUUCCCCCUCGCCCUCAAGGACUGUGAGGAGUGCAUUCGCCUGGAGCCCACCUUCAUCAAGGGCUACACGCGGAAGGCAGCGGCGCUCGAGGCCAUGCGCGACUACACCAAGGCCAUGGAGGUUUAUCAGCGUGCCCUGGACCUUGACCCCACUUGCAAGGAGGCGGCAGAGGGGCAGCGGCGGUGCCUGCGGGCGCAGCAGCAGCGCUCAGAGCCCCCCGAGGAGCUGCGGCGCCGGGCACUCGCCGACCCCGAGGUGCAGCAGAUCAUGGGGGACCCGGCCAUGCGCCUCAUCCUCGAGCAGAUGCAGAAGGACCCCCAGGCCCUCAGCGAGCACCUCAAGAACCCUCUCAUCGCCCAGAAGAUCCAGAAGCUGAUGGAUGUGGGGCUCAUUGCCAUCCGGUGACCCCCCCAAAUCCCGGGGACCCCCCUGGGGCCCCCCCCCGGGUAUACCUUGACCCCCCAGGGGAGGCAGGGGGUGCUGCCCCUCCCUCCCUUCAUCCUGUGUUGGUUCUGGGGUGCUGUGACCCCAAAUAAAGAGCGGAGCAGUG